AACUAGUUUCCCUAAACUUUAGGUAAUCCAUUUUCUCAAAAUUUUGAUUGGUUAAAAAAGUAGUUUUUGAAAAACAAAAACCAAAAACUAGAGGCCUAGUUUGAAUAAUCUAGAGGUGACGAUGGGUCCUGUACAAACUCCAUCACUCAUAGCAUACAACAAGAUGCUCAAAUCUUUAGCCGACACUAAAACCUUCACCAAAGUCUUGGCUCUGUUCUCUGAACUGCGACGAAACGCGUUGUAUCCGGACAAUUUCACUUUACCGAUUGUGCUCAAAUCAAUCGGACGCUUGAGGAACGUUUUAGAAGGUGAGAAACUCCAUGGCUACGCUGUGAAAUCUGGGCUUAAGCUCGAUCCCUACGUGUGCAACUCACUUAUGGGAAUGUAUGCUGCGUUGGGGAAGAUGGAGAUCACUCACAAGGUGUUCGACGAAAUGCCUGAACGAGAUAUUGUUUCUUGGAACGGCUUGAUUUCUAGCUACGUUGGGCACGGGAGGUUUGAUGAUGCCGUUGCUGUUUUUAAGCGGAUGAGUAAAGAGAGUAACUUGAAGCCUGAUGAGAGUACCAUCGUGAGCACUCUCUCGGCUUGUUCUUCUUUGAAGAAUUUGGAAGUUGGUGAAGGGAUUCACAGAUAUGUUGUUGGCACUGAGUUUGAAACGAGUGUUAAGAUUGGGAAUGCGUUGGUGGAUUUGUUCUGUAAAUGCGGGUGUCUAGAUAAGGCCAGAGCUGUUUUCGAUUCGAUGAAAGGGAAAAAUGUCAAGUGUUGGACUAGUAUGGUCUCUGGGUAUGUUAGUAACGGUAGGAUCGAUGAGGGUAGAGAGUUGUUUGAGAGAAGUCCUGCGAAAGAUGUUGUUCUGUGGACAGCUAUGAUGAAUGGGUAUGUUCAGUUUAACCGGUUUGACGAAGCACUAGAGCUGUUCAGGUGCAUGCAAAGCCAAGGUGUUAGACCUGAUAACUUCGUGCUUGUCUCUCUCUUGAAAGGCUGUGCGCAGACGGGAGCUCUAGAGCAAGGGAAGUGGAUCCAUGGGUACAUAUGUGAGAACGGAGUUAGAGUGGACAAAGUCGUUGGUACUGCUCUUGUGGACAUGUAUGCAAAAUGUGGGUGCAUAGAGACAGCUCUAGAGGUUUUCUAUGAAACUAAAGAGAGAGACACUGCUUCUUGGACAUCGCUUAUCUACGGUCUUGCCAUGAACGGGAUGUCAAGGAGAGCGAUGGACUUGUACUACGAGAUGGAAAACGUUGGCGUUAGAUUAGAUGAUAUAACCUUUGUCGCGGUUCUAACAGCUUGUAAUCACGGUGGAUUUGUAGCAGAAGGACGUAGAGUUUUCUAUUCGAUGAUCCAGCCUAAAACAGAGCACUACAGCUGUAUGGUUGACCUACUAUGCAGAGCUGGUAGUUUAGAUGAAGCAGAGGAAUUGAUAGAUAGGAUGAGAAAUGAAAGCAAUGAAACUUUGGUUCCUGUAUACUGCUCUUUGCUAAGCGCUGCUCGGAACUAUGGGAAUUUGGAGGUAGCAGAACGGGUAGCUGAGAAGCUGAAGGAAGUGGAAGUUAGUGAUUCAAGUGCUCAUACUCUGCUCGCAAGUGUAUACGCAUCUGCAAAUAGAUGGCAAGAUGUGACGAAUGUGAGAAGGAGAAUGAAAGAUUUGGGAAUCAGAAAGUUUCCUGGAUGCAGCUCUGUGGAGAUUGAUGGGGUGCCUCAUGAAUUCAUUGUUGGAGAUAAAUCAUCAUCAUCUCACCCAAAAGUGGAUGAGAUUAACACAAUGCUUGCAUCAAACUACAAAUUGGAUGUUGAGUUUGGAACAUGAAGUAAUUGAAAGUUAACACUUUUUUGUGUUAGAUAA